CAAAGCAACUGUGGAAGAACGCGACUCGCCUGCCGCUAGGCCUAAUCAAGGCUGCGGGGAUACGGUGGCUUGCGGGAACUGCGAUGAGAUCGACGACGCCGACGCCACGAUCAAGUUUGUCAGCGCAUCCGAAAAGAAGAUAGGACAUUUCAAAAACGAGAGAACAAUGACUGGUGAUAAUUCCGUGAACGGAGUAAUCUGUGACAUCGGUGCGCUUACAGCAAUGGUAAGCGGUGCCGUUUGUCCAACAUGCCACACUACUGGACUCGUCGUCCGCGACGCCGCAAGCAAACGUAAGGGCCUCUCUGCGUUCCUCGAGCUGUACUGCAAUAACAAUGAAUGCCCCGAGUCAAUGCUUUCCGCCGCGCAUAGCUCACGGCGUGUUGUGCCAGAAGGACAUCCUAUCGGCGCCAGUGCCGACCGGAGCUAUCGAAGCGGCAGCUCGCGUGACAGCUUCGCCGUGAAUGUGAAAGUUGUAGUGGCCGCGCGUGCGAUAGGCAUCGGACAUGAACAGCUAUCGCGUUUUUGCGCUAUCCUUGGCCUGUCAACGCCCAUGCAUCACAAGAGUUUUAUUGCAAUUGGCAAAAAAGUUCAUGCCGCAGCUGUCAAAGCUGUGCAAGGAAAUCUCGAGAAGGCAAGGAUUAUAACAAAAGAGAAGGCCGGUGGAGCUGAUGUUGCUGUCAUGUAUGAUGGAACAUGGCAGAAAAGAGGACAUAAAAGCCAUAAUGGAAUAGGCACUGCUGUGUCUGUGGACACUGGUUUGUGCCUAGAUUUUGAGGUGCUCUCCAACUACUGCCUUGCAUGUAGCCGACACCAAGACCUUGGUACGGAGGAGGAAAUAUGGCAGGCAUUUCACAGUCCCGUUUGUGAAAAAAACACAGAGUGCUCCUCUCAUGCUAUGGAGACUGAGGCAGCUUUGCGUAUAUGGAGGAGGACGCCUUCAUACGCGACACCAUUGCGCCUCACCAAGUUUCUCAGUGAUGGGGAUAGCAAAGCGUACACCGCUGUUGCUGAGGCCAAGGUGUAUGGUGAACUAGUUGUGGACAAGGAAGAAUGCACAAAUCACGUAGCCAAGCGUCUAGGCACUGCACUUAGGAAGCUUCCAACACGACUUCCACGUGGAGAGAAGUUGAAAGAUGGCACAAUUCAGAAGCUGCAGAACUAUUAUCGUAUUGCUAUAACCACCAAUAGGGGUGAUCUCCUGAAGAUGUAUCGUGCUAUCUGGGCCUCGUACUUUCACUCGUCAUCCAGCAACACCGCAGGAAGCCACAGAUACUGUCCAGAAGGGGCGACUUCCUGGUGUAAACACAGGCGAGCUGAAGCUCUCGGGGAGCCUACACCAGAUCACACCCCAAUCCUCACGAAGGCUCAGGGGUUGGCUGUGCUUCCUAUAUACAAGCGCCUCACGGAUGAAAAACUGUUGGUUCGCUGUCUACAAGGAAAGACGCAAAAUGCUGCAGAAUCUUUGAACAGCAAAAUCUGGCUUCUUUGUCCGAAGACCAAGUUUGCAUCUCGGACAGCAGUAGAAACUGCAGCCGCAAUGGCUGUGUUAUGGUUCAACAAAGGACAUUCAAGCUUUGAACAUGUCCUUCAAGAGCUUGGUGUACUGCCACCUGACGAACUCAUCACCUUGGGCCAAUCCCGUGACCACAGAAGAGUUCAAAGAAUGUCUGCAUGCGAGACAGCUGAGGCAAGGGCUCAUCGUCGCCACGUGGCAAAGAGAGCGCGCCUUGACGACUCCAUUCUCCAGUGCCGAGAAGGACAAACCUAUGGUUCUGGAUGUUUUUAA